AAAAAAAAUAUAUGAUUGUCAAAAAAAAAUACCAUGAGAGAAUAAUAUGUCAAUCCAAAACUUCUCUCUCGUGAAGAGAAUAAAUAAUAUAAAUUUAAGCAAUGUUACCUGCCUUGUUAGAUAUUUUUCUAGAAAAACAAAUAAUACGGAAGGCCCAUAUGUGACAAUUAGAUCAAAACGUGCUGUUAAAAAUGAGACAAAAUUGGCCCGUUUGGAUCCAAAUUUUGAGUUGUUGGCGCCCUCAGCUGGAUUUCCGUUUAUUUUACCAGGUAAUGUAGGAAUGGCUUGGUACGACACAAAUACAACAGUGCAGACACCCCAUGAAUUCGUUAUGGAGCAGAUCGAUGAAAACAGUAGUUCACCAAGUGGAGAAAUAGUUUGUCGAAUCCAGGCCUGUCCAACAGUGUUGCGUCAAGGUGUCUGUGACCUUUUUCCAUACCGCGAUUUUGAGAGUUCUGAACUGUCAGUAGUUACAAUUUCACUAAAACCCAACUUGAAAUCUCUUAGAAAAAAUAAAGAACUGGAGACGGAGCGUAUGGCACAGUCUUUUGUAAUCACUGCCAAAGGUGUCUGUGAUAAGUUGCGGAAGGGUGGAUAUUGGGCUGAUUUCAUCAAUCCAUUUUCUGGUAGGCCAUAUUUAUAUCCAACUAGUGGAGAAAAACUUUAUGAAGCUGAUGAGAAAUUUAGGUGCUUGGAUUUUCAAAUUUUUGACAUACAAAAUUGUAAAAUUGUUUCAAAUGAGCAAAGCUCUACAGACAGGAGAUUUGUGGGGAGUUUGUUUACAAAUGCCCCAUCAAAGAAGAAUCACCUAAAUGAAAUUUUUACUCAGUUUUGAACCUUGUAAAUUAUUUAAUUCGUGAGAAUUGAAAAUAAAAAUAUCAGAAUUUUA